AGGUGUUCGUUCCCAAGUCGGCAGACGCACUGGUCAGAAACGGUCACUGGACUUCGCACCAUCUAGACGCGCUUUGGGAAAGCUGAUCUGACAGUGACGGUUCAUACUGCGCCUUCAGUAACACCCCACCAUGAAACGAAAGCAACGUCGCUACAGAACGACGUUCAACUCGUUUCAGUUACAGGAACUCGAGCGAGCUUUUCAGCGAACGCACUAUCCAGACGUCUUCUUCCGCGAGGAGCUCGCCGUACGUAUCGAUCUGACCGAGGCUCGAGUGCAGGUUUGGUUCCAGAAUCGACGUGCCAAGUGGCGGAAAAGCGAAAAGACUGUAGUCGGUGGCAGUAUUUGUGGCGGAACGGACGACCGGAAAUCAACAGAACAUGGCGGUAACGGCAACAACCUGGAAGCGACGAUGGUACCUGAGAGAGUUUAUGACAAUGACCUUGGUUGUGGCUCGAACAUUGCCGGUAAUAUUUUUAGUGGUGAUUCAGGACUACAGGGGCACUCGGGUGAAAGUGAAGGUGACGGUGGUGAAACUGGAGAAGAACGCGUAUUGAGCAGUGAGAUGGAUGAGCUGGGAUUGAAAGAGGAGAUGAUAAAGAGUGUAGAUGGUACUGAUGGUCUUAAAUCGCCACACUCGUCAACUGGCACCCUUACAAUUCUUGGCAAAUCGCUUCAUUGUAUCGGUGAGACUGGCAUCAAACAUCAUCACCAACAGCAACACGGACUACUGCAUCAACUACACGCUGGACCAAGUCACAGGGUUUCUCAGCUAGACACAACAGAUGAGUACGCUGGUUCUCAACUUGGCUCCGCGCUUAGCGAUAGUUCAGCGGUCGGUUUUGAUGCCGGCUCACUGCAGACACCCAACCUUUCGGGCGAUGUGGUUAACUAUGGCAUUGUCGAUGCGGACGUACCUAGACUCACCAUCGGAUCCCUGUCAUCGCCGGGGCAGCUAUCACCUAACCUGUUUCUCAACCUCAAUUUUGACAAUCUCAACUCUCUGGAUGGUAGCCGCUCCAGCAGUUUGACAUUUGAGUGGAACAGCUUCGUCGGCAGCAGUUGUAAGCUGCCAUCAUCUUCAGCGCUAUUGUGCACGACAGCGAUCAAUGGCGGAGCUGGCAACGAGUGUUUGGGAGCAGGUAACGCAAUGACGCCCAUCUCCGAUCGUCCGCUUGCAGGAGUACCGGAGAAUUUUGGCGGGAUCGUUGAAUGUUGCUCUUUAAGCCAUAGCGAUAUCAACUCGCAAAAUGAUUCUUCCCCGCAUCAUCCCUCCAGUAUACAUCAUCAUGAACAUCUUCAACAGCAGCAACAUCAACAUCAGUCUUCGUACGAUGACGAGUUGAAAUUUCUGCAUGUCGACCACUUCGGGGCAAUGGAUAGUUUCAAAAAUGAAUCGCUCUUCAAUCUCGAUCAAACGCUGUUGCCCACCUCCAGCUCCAACAACACCGAUCAAUCAUCGCAGCAACUCUCCCAAUCACUACAACACCAUCACCUAGAACAACAACAAAAUCAGCUUUACCAUCAUUACCGCAAUCAGCUGCUGUGCGGGUCAUAUUCUACGCCAAAGAGCACUCACUAUAAUCACCACCACGUUCUGCAACAUCAACAGCAGCAGCACCACAAUCACCAUCAUCUUGCUGGGUUGGUGGACGAGUUGGUGGCUUUCCCAUCACUUGCUACUGAUCAUCAUUCUGGAAGUAACGAAACCGAUGGGCCCGAAGCACGAAGGACAUUAGUGAACGCCCCAGCUACGGUUUUAGUGUCUGAUGACUGUGAUUCCAGGCAAUCUCCGUCCGAGCUGCUCGAUCUCGAACGACCUGUCAAUAUCCACAUCAACGUUAACGACGACAGACUGGAGCAGAUCGGAAAUAACGCAAAGUACUAAGAGACUUAUAUUAGCGCACAGUAGCAGUGAGCGAUCGUCGGUUACCAUUUGCUUCGCGCUAAAUUCAAUUUAAUCAAGUUUAUACG